AUGAUUACAAUGCUUCUGCUACACUCGACCUUGAUUGUAUCUUUCCAGACUAUUGUACAGAUUUUGAAAUUAAAGGGUCUUGUAGAGGCUUCAUACUUUUCUGUUGUUCCUUCCAAAUCUACAUAUGGAAUCCAUACGGGAGUUCACAAUCAAAUACCUAUAUCUCCUUUUGGUUCCAAUUUAAAUGCUGAUUAUUUCUAUGGUUUUGGUUAUGACCCUUCAACUGAGGAUUACUUGGUUGUUUUAAUGUCACAUCAUGGUUCAGAUAAUACUCCAUUACAUUUGGAAUACUUCUCAUUGAAAGCUAAUACAUGGAAAGAAGUUGAGGGUCCUCACUUCCCUUAUGCCAAUGUGAAUGUCUACGGCGAGCCCACUCCGCCCAAAGGCGGGUCUUUCUAUAAUGAGGCUAUUCACUGGUUGGCUUAUCAUAAUGAUUUACAAAUGAAAGUUAUUGUUGCGUUUGAUUUAAUGGAAAAGAAACUUUCAUACAUGCUUUUGCCGCUUGAUUCUGAUGGUGGGCAUAAGCAUUAUUGUAGUUUAUGGGUAUAUGGAGAGUUUCUCAGUGCAUACACUAGGAAUUUUAGAAAUGACACAGUUGAUAUAUAUGUGAUGAAAGAAUACAAAGUGAAUUCGUCUUGGACUAUGACUCUUGCUCUUCCUAUUGAUGUCAUCCCAAACAAGGACUUUUGUCCAUUGUGUUGUACAAAAAGUGGUGAUAUUGUUGGGACAGAUGAUGCCGAUUUUGGCAGUGGAUUGGUGAAGUAUGAUAAAAAUGGACAAUUUCUAGAGCAACAAUCUUAUACUAAUGACGAUCUUAGAUGCCAAGUGACUAUGUAUACAGAGUCUCUGCUUUCGCUCCCUAGUGAUGGUGACAACCAGCAAGGUUAA